CUUCUGUCCACCCAGAGCUCUGCGAGGAGAGAGAGUGCCUUCAUUCUUUCCGCCAUCUUGAUUCUUUGUCACUGACCGAGACUCAGCCGUGGGAAAUAUGAGUGAGCAUGUAAGAACAAGAUCCCAAUCCUCAGAAAGAGGAAAUGACGAAGAUUCUUCCCAGCCAGUUGGAUCUGUGAUUGAGCCCACUGAGGAAAAACGUCAAGAAGAGGAACCACCAUCUGAUAAUCAGGGUAUUGCACCUAGUGGGGAGAUCGAAAAUGAAGGAGCACCUGCUGUUCAAGGACCUGACGUGGAAGCUUUUCAACAGGAACUGGCUCUGCUUAAGAUAGAGGAUGAGCCUGGAGAUGGUCCUGAUGUCAGGGAGGGGACUCUGCCCACUUCUGAUCCCACUAAAGUGCUGGAAGCAGUGGGAAAUAUGAGUGAGCAUGUAAGAACAAGAUCCCAAUCCUCAGAAAGAGGAAAUGACGAAGAUUCUUCCCAGCCAGUUGGAUCUGUGAUUAUCCAGCAGCCCACUGAGGAAAAACGUCAAGAAGAGGAACCACCAUCUGAUAAUCAUGGUAUUGCACCUAGUGGGGAGAUUGAUAAUGAAGCAGCGCCCGCUGUUCAAGGGCCUGACAUGGAAGCUUUUCAACAGGAACUGGCUCUGCUUAAGAUAGCAGAUGAGCCUGGAGAUGGUCCUGAUGUCAGGGAGGGGACUCUGCCCACUUUUGAUCUCACUAAAGUGCUGGAAGCAGGUGAAGGGCAACUAUAGGUUUAAACCAAGACAAAUGAAGACCGAAACCAAGAAUAUUGUUCUUAUGCUGGAAAUUUGACUGCUAACAUUCUCUUAAUAAAGUUUUACAGUUUUCUGCAAAGA